CCCUGAGUCUCGCGAUAAAGGCUUAUUGUCUCGCGGGAGCGCGUCUGGUAGACGGGCUCUCGGGAGGCCCCGGCUAGGAAAGAGGAGUUGCAUGUGUCGCUUCAGCUGGCGGGAGCUGCGGGAGCGGCGGCGGCGAGCGCUGUGCGACCUCCUGGGUUUGUGAAAUGGCUACUGACAUUUCUGAAUCCAGUGGGGCUGAUGGCAAAGGAGAUCCAAGGAAUAGUGCCAAGUUAGAUGCUGAUUAUCCACUUCGAGUCCUUUACUGUGGAGUCUGUUCAUUACCAACAGAGUACUGUGAAUAUAUGCCUGAUGUUGCUAAAUGUAGGCAGUGGUUAGAGAAGAAUUUUCCAAAUGAGUUUGCAAAACUCACUGUAGAAAACUCACCCAAACAAGAAGCUGGAAUUAAUGAAGGUCAAGGAACAGUAGGAGAAGAGGAGGAGAAGAAAAAACAAAAGAGAGGUGGAAGGGGUCAAAUAAAACAGAAAAAGAAGACUGUACCGCAAAAGGUUACUAUAGCUAAAAUUCCCAGAGCAAAGAAGAAAUAUGUGACAAGAGUAUGUGGCCUUGCAACUUUUGAAAUUGAUCUUAAAGAAGCACAAAGAUUUUUUGCUCAGAAAUUCUCCUGCGGUGCCUCAGUAACAGGGGAAGAUGAAAUCAUCAUUCAGGGGGACUUUACAGAUGACAUAAUUGAUGUCAUUCAGGAAAAAUGGCCAGAGGUGGAUGAUGACAGCAUUGAAGACCUUGGAGAAGUAAAGAAGUGAUUUUGAAAAACUUGUCUAUAUUUAAUGAUCUGGACUGAGCUGAUACGGCCAAAGGGAGAGAGGCCUUUUAAAUAUAUAUCUAUUUAUCCUACAGUAAGACUGUAGACACCCUUGGCAUUUUCACUGUCCUGUACAAGGCUGCUUGGUUUUUUUAUUGCCAAAGUCUAAUAAACAGGGGAGACUGUCAUGCUUAUGCAUGACGCAGAAUUUAGUCAAAUAAAAAAUUUUGGUCAUUUGGUACUGACUUUUUCCUCUCUUUCUAACUUUUUAUUUUAGAAAAACACUGUAAUCUUUUUUGGGGAGGGGGCAAUGUUGGGGAUCUAACUCAGGGCAUUGCAUGUGCCAGGCAAGUGCUCUGCCACUGAGCUACACUCCCAGCUCCAAUACUGCGGACCUUUUGUGGGAAGCAUUUUUGUUGGUUAUCUUACUGAUUCACAGUUGAGUUAUUUUAAAAAGGAAUUUGAAUUUGGCUUCCUUGCCAAUAAUGUCUCCUGAUUUGUUUGGUGCGAUGGUGCGAUAGUAUGAGUGAGAAUAUAAUAGAUUUAUGGUUGAGUUUGUUUCAUUGUUACUAACAAAGUCCAUUUUUUGGGCAUAACAACAUACUAUUGUAGUAAUAGUAAGCUGUACUGGAGAUUAUUUGGUAAAGUAUAUUAAAAGCCUUAAAACCAUGUGCACUAUUUGAUCCAGUAAGCUACUUCUUUGAUACUAUCCUAAAGUAUUAGGAUAGUAUGCAAGACUGGUUAGUUUUACACAGAUUUAUGGAUGAGGGGAUUCCUCACAAUUAUUCAUAAUAUCAAUAAUUGUAGAUGACAUAAAUGAACAAUUGGAAAAUGGUUAAAGAAGUGAUGUAUUAUCAUGUGGUAGAAUAUUAUAUGUACAUCCAAAAUUUUUAUUUUUCAAGAAUACUUAGGAGCAUGUUUGGUCAUUAAUGUAGGGGCUAAUCUUCAAUCCAUUUAAACAUUCAUUAUUGUUGUCUUGUGUGGAAGGCCAUUCAAAGCUGCUGGAAGUUCCUGUUCUGACUAUACCUUAUGUGAGUAAAAUUCUGCUAACCAAUUAAAAUUAAUGUAUACUCAUGUUCAAAUAUAGCCUGGAAAAUAACAGUUGAAAUAUCUUUCACUCACAAGAGAAACUGAUAAUUUUAAUGAAUGUAUUAUAUGAUUCUAAGUUUUAAGUCAGGUGCUGCAAACUGAAAUCUUCUGAUUUGUGUUAAACAUUGCUAUAGACACCUUUAAGAAAGUUAGAAUGGGGUGGGGGAGGGGAGAGAAAGAGGAGGAGAAAUUUAGAACCCAUGAAAAUCAUUGUUCAUUGCCAUGCAAAUACAAUCUUUAAUGAAAGGGUGUUUUUUAAAAAAAAAUGUCUUAGAAAAGGUGUGUAAUAAAGAUGUAAAUUUUAAAAUGAAAUUCUGCAUUAACUGAAUUAUACUAAGUAGGAUUACCUAGUGAAGCAAAUUUAUCCAUCAAAACCUUUUGGCAUGUAUUAUGUAUGUAUUCUUCUGGUGCUAGAUGAGUUCUGUGUGCCUGUAUCAACACGUGAUUUCAUGUAAAGAAUCUUCAUGUUCACAGUUCUUGGCAAAUGCACUUUCAACCCUUACAUAGCCACCAGUGGAUGUUACUCUAGGAAAAUGCAGGAUUAAACUUGUCUUCGUGGAUCACA